AUGAGAAUCGGCUUCCUAGGCUUGGGAACGAUGGGCACGCCCAUGGCCCUCAAUCUUCGUCGGCAAUUCCCCGUCACCGUCUGGAAUCGAAAUGCUGCCAAAUGCACGCCCCUCGUUGAGGCUGGUGCUACAGCCGCAAGGACGCCCUCAGAGGUAGUCGAGAAAUCCGAUGUCAUCUUCACAAUGCUCUUCGACGGCCGAGCAAUCCAAUCUAUGAUCGACAGCGAAGCCAAUGACAAAUUCAUGAAAGCCAUCCGUGGCAAAACGCUCAUCAACACAAGCUCUGUGUCUGUUGACUUCAGCCAUAAGCUUGCGCAGCAGGUCCAAGAUGCGGGAGGGAAGUUUGUCGAGAUGCCUGUGAGUGGCAGUAAAGUCCCAGCUGAGCAAGGAAAACUUGUAGGCAUGAUGGCUGGAGACCGAGAGGUUGUUGAACAACUCAAGCCCGUCGUCGAUCCUGUCACUCGUGCCGCUAUCUACUGUGGCCCAAUCGGGUCUGGCUUGAAGGCAAAAUAUGCGACCAACCUUUUCCUAAUCUCCGUAACAACGGGCCUUGCUGAGUCGAUGAAUCUUGCACGAGCUCAAGGCUUAGACUUGGAGGCUUUUGGCGAGGUUCUGAACAAUAGUCCUAUGGCAUCCGUAUACUCCAAGAUGAAGAUCGGAAAGAUACUCAAAGGGGACUGGACACCGCAGGCUGCUAUCAAAGACUGUUAUAACAGCACAGAACUCAUCAAAUCUGCAGCUGAAGGUGCGCAAGUUCAAACCCCAUUUAUCCAAGUUUGCAAUUCUCUCUAUAGAGAAGCUCACGAAAAUGGAUUGGGGGAGGAGGAUAUGAUGGCUAUAUAUAAACUGUUUGCUGAGACUCCGAACAAACAUACUAAAUAA